AUGGGGAAGAACAAAGGGAAAGGGCAUAAGAUCAGGAAUGUAUUUCAUAUUACCAGCAAGAAUUUGAAGGCUAAAAAUAAAGCAAAACUAGUCACCACAAAUCUUAAGAAGCUGAUUUCUCAGUGUUCUGAAGGUGAAACAAUUAGUGUGGAUGAUGCUACAAGAUUAAUGUUUCAACUGUAA